UUUUGUUCACUUCCGGUACCCAUUUUUACUUUCGUUUCCGUAACUAGCAAUGACGUUUUAUUUACGUCAUUGGGAAUAAGGAACAAAGCAAACAACAAUGGCGACAGCGGAACGGAGCCUGCUCGAACAAAUGCCCACAUUUUUCUGCCCAGAGGCCUGAAAUCGAAUUUCUCAAGGUGAUCUACAUCCCUAGCGAAGGUCACUGCGGACCUCUCCGCUCCCGAGCCGGCGCCGCUAAUGUAACUAACGUCACAAAAUCACGGAGUAGCGACAAGCAAGAUGGAGUCAAUAUUGCCCAAAAACCUCGUUGGACUGUCUGUGCAGAUUGGUCGCAGUGAUGGCCGGGUCCAUGGGGCCACAGUGAAGUCUGUCGACACCGUCAACUCCAUCGUGAUGGUCGAGUGGUCCGAGAGGGGUUCCAAUCGAGGGAAGGAGCUGGAAUUGAGUACGUUGUGUGCACUCAAUCCGGAGCUGCUGGGCCAAACGCAGCCCACCAUGAAUGACUGUGGUGACAAAGCCACUUUCCCUACAGAGAAGAAAUACAAUGGCCGCCUGCGCUCAUCCCGGAUUCCUGGCCUAACCUCCAUUCCGGCUAUUUCAUCAGUGGACAAGCCUGAAGACACAGUCUCAGUUGUAGGUCGGGCUCAGGUUAGACAGACGUGCCGGUUCCAGCCUCAAGCUACCAUCUCUGCACCAUCUUCCAAUGGAAAUCCCGGACAAAUAUCCCCCGAGUUUCCAACUUCGUCUCACCUCGCAAAUUCUGGGAUUCAGACUGAGAAGAAACAAAAGAGAAAGGUCAAACAAACUUCAUCUGUGCCCCUUGCCCAAUCAGCUAUGAAAGAAAACGAUGAACCAGAGGAGACACCAUCAUUAGCUCCAAUUAGAGCUUCAAUCCGAAGGAAGACGGUGGUUUCGCAGGAGCUCUACAAAGGCAACAAAAGACUGUCUAGUGUCAAACCUCCUGGGGUGCAGACCAAGAAGGGCAAGUUCAAAGAGGUGUCACGGCCCAACCAGAAAUUCUAUGAAAUGAUCCAAGACUUCAGAGAGACCUUGGAAACCAUCCCGUUAUCAAUCACCGAAAUGGCCGUGCCUCAAAGGAUUUGUGUGUGCGUACGCAAACGACCCCUGAAUAACCAAGAGGUGAAUAGACGGGAGAUAGAUGUGGUCUCAGUGCCUGGGAGAGGCGCCCUGCUAGUCCACGAGCCAAAGCAAAAAGUGGACCUGACCAAGUACUUGGAAAACCAGAUCUUCCACUUUGACUACUCGUUUGAUGAAACAUCCACCAAUGACUUGGUCUACAGGUUUACUGCAAGGCCUUUGGUGCAGUCCAUUUUUGAAGGUGGCAUGGCUACAUGUUUUGCAUACGGGCAGACCGGAAGCGGGAAAACUCACACCAUGGGCGGGGAUUUCUCAGGAAAGCAGCAGAACUGCGCCAAGGGAAUCUACGCUUUAGCGGCCCAAGAUGUUUUUGCCAGCCUCCGUGAUUGGAAGUACAAAAACCUAGAUCUGUCUACCUAUGUCAGCUUUUUUGAGAUCUACAAUGGAAAAGUGUACGAUCUGCUGAAUAAGAAGGCCAUGCUCCGGGUACUGCAGGACGAGCAUCAGCAAGUGCAGGUCGUGGGCCUGGAGGAGGUCUAUGUGUCCAAUGCAGAUGAGGUCAUUAAAAUGAUACAGCACGGCAGUUCUUGCAGAACAUUUGGUCAGACCUCGGCCAAUGCCAACUCCUCGCGUUCCCACGCCGUCCUCCAGAUCAUCCUCAGACGUAAAGACCGCGCCACCACGCUCCACGGCAAGUUCUCCCUGGUCGACCUGGCGGGCAACGAGCGCGGCACUGACGUCAGCAGCAACGAUCGCGCCACAUUGGUGGAGACGGCCGAAAUCAACCGCAGCCUCCUGGCCCUGAAGGAGUGCAUCCGGUCACUCGGCAUGAACAGCGAUCACAUUCCAUUCAGGAUGAGCACUUUGACCAAGGUCCUCCGGGAUUCCUUCAUUGGAGAGAAUUCCAGAACCUGCAUGAUCGCAAUGGUGUCACCAGGAAUGAGUUCAUGCGAAUACACAAUGAACACCCUACGUUAUGCUGACAGAGUGAAGGAGCUGAACGGGAAGUCCAAAGCCGACGUAGAAGCCAAAGCACAGGACCCAAUGUGCAGCUCUUCUGAGGAGGACAACGUUGUGGACACCAGCGUGUAUGAUGCCAUUAGCCACGUGGCGGAACUGGAGGAGAAAGUCUAUGUAGAGCUCCAGAACCUUUGUCAGCGAGGGAACGAAAUUGUCAAGUCAAUGGAGCAAACGUCAUACAACAUUGAGGCGGGCCUCCCCCACCUGGUGGAGUUUUCACAGUCCUCCAAGUUAACAGCAGAAUUGGUGCUGGCAUUGCAGGCUGCAGUAGAACAAGAAGGAAAGGCCCGAUUCACCCACUGAGUCACCGGUCGCGUUUGAGAUUUGCCGAUUCAAUGAACUGUUUUAUCUUUUAUGAGUUGCGGUUAGUAAUUUAACCCUAAGGAAAAUGAAUGUGAGCACUACUUAAAUAAAAUUUUGCCUUUUGGA